GAGAAAAUUACGUAUGGAAUGAGGGUUCACACAGAAAUGGAAUUGAGAAGACCUGGUUAUGUGGUUGUAUUUGUGAUCCUCCUCAGCGCAUUGGCAAUUUCCAGUUCAGAGGCCAGAACGAAGACCGUCGAAAUGGUUCUCACCACUGCCGGCGAUUGCCAUUUCGCCUCCUCGGAAUUCGAACCAUAUAUGGAAGAAAAUCAGGCGUGCAUGAAAGAAUUGGGAGAGAGGGAAUAUGAAUAUGAAGAUGAAGAAUUGGUUGCUUGCAUCCAGAAAGGGAACAUGGAUGAAGCUAUAAGAAUUCUGGAUCCUGAGAUGAAACAUGAAUUGUUGAAUUGUUUAAGAAGGAGAAGUACGUUUUCUCGUGGAUCUGAAGAAGCACGUCCUAACUUAAUUGAUGGGUUUAGAAGGUCAACUGAGUUCAUCUCCGGAGGCUCCAAUAUUCACAUCAGACGUACAAUUCUAUCAUCCCAAGAUUCACCACCAUCAGGCCCUGCUGCAGCUCCAUCCCCUUCAUCAGAAUCACCAAACAAUUCUCCAUCAUCAUCUCCCAGUAAUGCUCCAAUGUCAUCCCCUACUCAUGUCCAACCCAAGUCUCCAUUGCCAAAAUCGAAAUCGAAAUCGAAAUCGAAAUCGAAAUCAAAACAGAAACCGAAAGAAGACGACACCGACACCGACUCCGACACCGACACUGGUAAUUCGGAUUCUACGGAUUCAACAGAUUCACCUUCAGCUUCUGCAGGUCGCUCACCAAGUCUUCCACGUGGUUCUCCCAAGCGUCGCCCUCCAAAUACGGAGGAGGAAGAAAACCUGAUGAUUAUAAUUGCUGGCAUUGUAGCAACUGGUGUGGCAGUUGUUUUUACUGUUGCCCUGCUUUUGUUCUGCAGUUGUAGGGAUGAGGAAAGUGAGCCUGAUCCAAAGUUUAGGCAAAGGGGUGAGAAGCCUCUUCUUGUAUCUAUGGGCGAAGUAUCAGCAGGUUCUUCACUGAAGUCUUACAGCCAUGGAAAUUCAGCUACAAAACAGUUCGGUGCUGAUAAUGCAACGAAACCACCCUCUUUUGCUGGCAACUUGUCGGUGAAUCCUGAAAAUGUUACCUCAAUGGCUGAGGCUCCAAGAUUUGACGGUAAACCAUCGGCAAUGCCGCCUCUAAAACCCCCUCCUGGAAGAUCAGAACCUCCGCCCCCUCCUCCACCAGCACCAGAACCAGAACCAGAACCAGCACCAGCACCAAAACCAGCACCAGCACAAGCGGCGGCGGCACCGGCAGCACCUCCACCGCCACCAGCAACUGCUCCUAGAGCUCCACCUCCUCCUCCCAUGAAAGGUGCUCGACCCCCACCUGCCCCACCGGCGGGAAUCCCUGGUAAAUCUCAAGCAGUGCCUUUGGGGCCAAAUCAGCGUGGAACCAGUGGCUCAAAUACGGAUUCGGAUCCAGGAAGCCACAAGACCAAGUUAAAGCCAUUCUUCUGGGAUAAGGUUCUUGCCAAUCCUGGUCAAUCCAUGGUCUGGCACGAGAUUAGUGAUGGAUCUUUCCAAUUCAACGAGGAGAUGAUGGAGUCUCUGUUUGGGUACAAUCCUGCAGAAAAUAACAAAGGCAACCGCAAGAAAGAUUUAGCUUCAGAUUCUUCCAAUCAGUACAUUCAAAUCAUCGACGCUAGGAAAGCUCAAAACCUUUCAAUUCUCCUACGUGCAUUGAAUGUAACAACAGCAGAAGUUGUGGAUUGCAUUCAAGAAGGAAAUCCGGAUCUUCCCGCAGAGCUUGUGCAGACAUUGUUGAAGAUGGCGCCAACAACAGAAGAGGAACUGAAACUGAGAUUAUUCUCAGGCGACCUUUCUCAGAUCGGUCCGGCAGAACGGUUCCUCAAAGUGCUGGUGGAAACUCCUUUCGCUUUCAAACGAUUAGAGUGUCUUCUCUUCAUGAUUUCAAUGUCGGAAGACGUCGCUACCGUUAAAGAGUCAUUCACAACUCUAGAGGUUGCUUGCAACAAACUCAAGAACAGCAGGCUAUUUCUCAAGCUAUUAGAAGCAGUUCUCAAAACUGGAAAUCGAAUGAACGACGGAACGUACCGUGGCGGUGCUCAGGCGUUUAAGCUCGACACGCUCUUGAAACUGGCGGAUGUUAAAGGAACCGACGGCAAGACUACUUUCUUACAUUUCGUCGUAACGGAGAUUAUUCGUUCGGAGGGCGUGAGAGCAGCCCGCUCUUGCAGAGAAAGCCAGAGUUUGUCCAGCAUAGCCUCCGCCGAUAUUGUUUUGGAUGACUUCACUGACGAUUCGGCGGAAAAUUAUCGAAAAUUAGGUCUUCAGGUCGUUUCUAGUUUGAGCACGGAGCUCGUGGACGUUAAAAGAGCGGCAGCCAUAGAUGCGGAUGGGUUAACCAAGAUGAUAGCGAAACUCGGCCAGUCUCUGAUGAAAUCCAAAGCAUUUAUAAAUGCCGAAAUGAAGAAUUUAGACGAAGACAGCAAAUUCCGCCAAUCGAUAUUGAAAUUUUUGAAAGACGCAGAAACGGAUAUUACGUGGAUUGCAGGGGAAGAAAAGAACAUAAUGGCGCUGGUGAAGAGCACGGCAGAUUACUUCCAUGGAAGUUCCGGAAAGGACGAAGGAUUGCGAUUGUUUACGGUCGUACGCGAUUUCCUGAUUAUGCUAGACAAGACGUGUAAACAGGUUAAAGAUGCAGCUGCAGCUGAAGCUGCAGCAGCGGCGGCAGCGGCAGUGGCAGCAGCGGCAACAAACCAUGGGAAGAAUUCCAAGAAAGAAACUCCGAAAUUGUCGGCUACUUCUAAUCAGAGAUCAGAGCUACGGCAACGGCUAUUCCCGGCGAUUGUAGAACGAUGGAAGGGCGAGGAUUCAAGUUCUUCGGACGAGGAGGACGGCGACGGCGAGAGCUCAUCUUCAUCAUCCUAGAUUCCACUGACUGUAUUUUAAUUCUACGAAUCGGAAUCCCUUUUUGUGUGAAUGGAAGAAAAAUCUUCUCCAAAACAUUCUGCAGUGUGACUUCUCAAGCAGAUCAUCUAACCGAACCUUCUUUGUCUUGACGAUUUGUGACUUUAUUUUAUGACUGAUUUAUUUCAUAGAA